AUGACUUUUAUUUACAAAAGAAACUCUUUAGAUGAAGAAGCUGCGGAAUUUAAUUUUAUCUUCAGAAAUUUUCCCCAAGGAAUUUUCUUUAUACACUUGAUAAUACACGUAAAUUUAAUUUCUUACAAUUUAUCAAGCAAUGAAUCUCAUCACGUCAACAACUUUGAUCAUCUUGAGUAUACUCUCAGGAGAGAUUCUGGGCAUGCCUCCAGCCCAGUGCAAUCCGAGCUUUCUGGACGAGGUACCGCCGAAGAUUCGCAAGAGCCUUUACUUUUGUACGCAGAGUCACGCCGUGGGUUUAUUUACCCCAAGGAACCGGGUAAUGAUAUAAUUGUUAUGAAACCGGGAGAUUUGAUACGGGUAGCGUGUCCUGGAGGCAGGAUUUUACUUUCGCGAAGUAAAAUAAAAUUAUUUGAGAGCGCAGUGUUCGAGUGCGUUAGUGAGAAAACAUUUUCGUUGACGUACGCGAACAGGAAAGGUUCGUUUUUUGAAAUUUACUGUGAGGCAUAUCCCCAGCAUAGUGUACGUAAGACUUAUCAUGCGUGCGGCAUCGGAUUUACUGGGGAAAUCGGAUUUUCUAUUAAAAUAGACGACCAUGAAGAAUUUGUCGGGAUAAUUGAUUUUUGUCAUGAUGAAAAUAUUGGCCAUACGAUUUAUGCUCAUACUGAAAUACCGGCAGCUAUUGGUUCUGCUGAGAUCUUAAUUCCCCGACCCUCGUUUGUCAAAGGCGAUUUUUAUCGAGGAAUCAGCAUGGACACUAUUUACAAUAGAUUUUCUCAACAAGAAACAUUGAAGCAAAUUUUGAAAAGCAGAAAACUUGCUAAUCAGUACAUUCAUAAUACAGGAAAUUAUUUUUUGUCACGAGGGCAUUUAAUUGCAAAAAGUGAUUUUAUAUAUGGGACCCAACAACGUGCGACAUUUUACUACGUGAAUACAGUGCCUAUGUGGCAAAAUAUUAAUGACGGUAAUUGGAAACAGAUUGAAAUAAGUGUACGUAAUUACGCGAGCGAAAGAAAUUGUAAUCUUGAAAUAUGGACCGGAUCACUUGGAGUUCUCGAACUUCGAGAUGUUAAUGGAAGAAAUAAAAAAAUCUACUUGAAAUAUGAGGAAAAUGAAAGAUUAGCUAUUCCAGUACCAAAAUUACUUUUCAAAGUUGUUUAUAACCGAAAAAAUAAAGCUGGAAUUGUUUUUAUCACAAUAAAUAAUCCUCAUUUGAAUCGUUUGACAAAAAAAUAUUUUGUAUGCAAUGACGUUUGCGCUGAAAUAAAUUUCGUAAACUGGGACAUGAGACGUAAUCGCGGGUACAGUUACUGCUGUCGCGUUGAUGAUUUCCGAAAUGCGUUCCCGGAUCUUCCGGAAUUCACGACGCACAGAUUAUUGAGUUGA